AUGAAGCCUGGGAAGAAUUCUUGUGAGCUAAACACCAUGCUGUUGCACAGGUCUCCUCCUAGAAGUAAAAGUAAGAAUCUGAAUAGUGGAGUUCAGGGGCCCUCUGUCCCGGACCACGGCUUCUGCCAGCCCAUCUCCAUCCCUCUGUGCACGGAUAUCGCCUACAACCAGACCAUCCUGCCCAACCUGCUGGGCCACACCAACCAGGAGGACGCGGGGCUGGAGGUGCACCAGUUCUACCCGCUGGUCAAGGUGCAGUGCUCGGCCGAGCUCAAGUUCUUCCUCUGCUCCAUGUACGCGCCGGUGUGCACCGUGCUGGAGCAGGCCAUCCCGCCCUGCCGCUCCCUCUGCGAGCGGGCCCGCCAGGGCUGUGAGGCCCUCAUGAACAAGUUCGGCUUCCAGUGGCCAGAGCGGCUCCGCUGCGAGAACUUCCCCGUCCACGGCGCGGGCGAGAUCUGCGUGGGGCAGAACACAUCAGACGCCCCGCCGGGACCUGGUGGUGCGGCAGGCCGGGGGGCCACUGCCCACCCCACAGCUGGCUACCUCCCUGACUUCCUCACCCCACCGCAGCCCCCCUCCGGCUUCUCCUUCUCCUGCCCCCGGCAGCUCAAAGUGCCCCCUUACUUGGGCUACCGGUUCCUGGGGGAGCGGGACUGCGGGGCCCCCUGUGAGCCAGCCCGGCCCAACGGGCUCAUGUACUUUAAGGAGGCGGAGGUGCGAUUUGCCCGGCUCUGGGUGGGUGUGUGGUCUGUGCUCUGCUGCGCCUCCACCCUCUUCACCGUGCUCACCUACCUGGUGGACAUGCGCCGUUUCAGCUACCCAGAGCGGCCCAUCAUCUUCCUCUCGGGCUGCUAUUUCAUGGUGGCUGUGGCCUAUGCAGCAGGUUUCUUGCUGGAGGAGCGGGUGGUGUGUCUGGAGCGCUUCUCUGAGGACGGCUACCGCACUGUGGCCCAAGGCACCAAGAAAGAAGGCUGCACCAUUCUCUUCAUGAUCCUCUAUUUCUUCGGCAUGGCCAGCUCCAUCUGGUGGGUCAUCCUGUCCCUCACCUGGUUCCUGGCUGCUGGCAUGAAGUGGGGCCACGAGGCCAUCGAGGCCAACUCCCAGUAUUUCCACCUGGCUGCCUGGGCUGUGCCCGCUGUCAAAACCAUCACCAUCUUGGCUAUGGGGCAAGUGGAUGGGGAUGUACUCAGCGGGGUGUGUUAUGUAGGUAUCUACAGUGUGGACUCGCUGCGGGGCUUUGUGCUGGCACCCUUGUUUGUGUACCUCUUCAUUGGCACUUCCUUCUUACUUGCUGGCUUCGUGUCCUUGUUUCGCAUCCGCACCAUCAUGAAGCAUGAUGGCACCAAGACAGAGAAACUGGAGAAGCUGAUGGUGCGCAUUGGUGUCUUCAGUGUCCUCUACACGGUGCCUGCCACCAUUGUCCUGGCAUGUUACUUCUAUGAGCAGGCCUUCCGUGGCACCUGGGAGAAGACGUGGCUCCUCCAGACCUGCAAAACCUAUGCUGUGCCCUGUCCCAGCCACUUUGCCCCUAUGAGUCCGGACUUCACGGUCUUCAUGAUCAAGUACCUCAUGACCAUGAUUGUUGGGAUCACGACUGGCUUCUGGAUCUGGUCUGGCAAAACCCUUCAGUCCUGGCGACGCUUCUACCACAGACUCAGCACGGGCAGCAAAGGCGAGACAGCAGUAUGA